AUGCCGUCGCAAGAAGGACUCUCGGCUCUCUACAAUAAGAAGGAAGGAAUCAGCUCUGAUGAUGAUGAUGGAUUGAUGAAUUCAUGUGAGGAACUAAGAUUAGGAAACAUCCUUAAAGCUCAAAAGGAGAUUGGCGUGAAUUCAUCUGACUUGGCUUCUUCACUCCAAACGAGAUUGGAUAUUACUCUGGGAGGAUUUGCUUACCUAUACGAAAGAGGCAAUUGA